AUGAAAAAGGAAGAUGCCAUUAUCAAGCUCUUCUGGGAAAAUGCAUUUGAAUGUUCCUUCUCCAAUUCCAUGAAUGGGGAGGAAGUUGUAGGCAUCUGUACUGGUGAAGAAAAACUGGGAAAUCUUCCUUCAACUGUAUUUGAGAUGGACAUGACUAGCCACAGCUACAGUGUCUACAAUGCAGUCUUUGCAGUGGCACAUGCUCUGCAUGAUAUCCAAACAUCCAUAUUCAGAUACCGAGCAGGAGAUCGUGAAGCAAAACUAAACCUUCUGAAACAACAUCUAUGGAAGGUACAGCCACUUUCUCUAUGUAAUAACAAGUGCCGCUCAGGAUACAGUAAGAAAAGGAUAGAAUCAAAGCCAUUUUGCUGCUAUGAUUGUCUUCGAUGUCCUGAUGGAAAGAUUGCCAGCCAGGAAGAUACGGAUGUCUGUUUUCAUUGCUCAGAAGAUCAGUACCCAAACAAUAACCAAGAUUUGUGUCUCCCAAAAGUUUUAACAUUCUUGAUGUAUGAAGAACUUUUGGGGACCAUUUUAGCCAGCUCUGCUAUUUUCUGUUGUUUCAUUACAGCUGUAAUCUUCUGGAUUUUUAUUAAACACCAGGAUACUCCUCUUGUUAAAGCCAAUAACCGGAACUUGACCUAUGUUCUCCUGAUAACUCUCUUGUUAUCUUUUCUUUCUGCUUUACUAUUUAUUGGCCAACCAUCCACGGUAACAUGUGUCCUUCGUCAAACUGCUUUUGGAGUUGUCUUCUCAGUGGCCAUCUCUUGUGUUUUAGCCAAAACUGUCAUUGUGGUUCUGGCUUUUAUGGCCACCAAGCCUGGGACCAAGAUCACCAAGUGGGUAGGGAAAAAACUUGCCAUGUAUGUAGCAUUUGGUUGCUCCUCCGUUCAAGGGAUUAUAUGCACUGUGUGGCUGAUAACGUCCCCUCCAUUCCCUGAUGCUAACAUGGGUUCAAUGGCAGAAGAAAUAGUCCUGGAAUGCAAUGAAGGAUCCAACUACAUGUUCUACUGUGUCUUGGGCUACAUGGGCUUCCUUGCGUUUAUUAGCUUCCUAGUGGCUUUCCUAGCAAGGAAAUUGCCUGAUGCUUUCAAUGAAGCCAAGAUGAUCACUUUCAGCAUGUUGGUCUUCUGCAGUGUCUGGUUGUCCUUUGUUCCAACAUACCUGAGCACAAAAGGGAAAUAUAUGGUGGCUGUGGAGAUUUUCUCUAUCAUAGCUUCCAGUGUUGGAAUACUGAUUUGCAUCUUUUUCCCCAAAUGCUUUAUCAUUAUCUGGAGAUCUGAUCUAAACAAGAAACAAAAGCUAAGCAUAAAAAAAUCCACAUAA